AUGGGUGGAACCAUGUGGAUACACAAUCCUAGAACUCACAAGAUGGACAAAUUCUUGAAUGAUGAGGAGUGGGUUGGAGAGCUAACAAAAUGUGAUUCAAGUACUUCCAACGUGGCAGAGAUGAGACGUAGCACGAAUUUCAUGCAGUUUUUAACUGCUAGUUUUUACAUGAAGCUCAUCAUGCAUGGGACAUGCCGAGGAUGUGGAAAAUUGCCAAUUAAGAGACGUGGGGCUUUGUUUGUGGACAGCUGCACUAAGUUUGAUUGGUAUAUGGUUGCUACGUAUUUUACAAGAAGCCUCAGUUUGUCAAGGAAAAAAAAAUGGGGAAAGGAUCGAAUUGACUAA